AGAUAUUGCUGGUGCUUCGCUCAUUUGGAAAGGGCUGGGGGGCUUUUUGCUGUAAAUCCCUGGCAGUGGAGUUUGGUCCAGUGGUUUUGCAAGGUCUAACCUUUUCUUUGGUGUCCCGCCCACUCACUGCUCAGAAUCUUGGUGCUGCCUUUUGUUUUCAGUUUCUAACGUCUGUUCUCUCGUCUCCUCCACCCACCCUGCCCUUGCAGAGUUCUACCUUGUAAAUACUGUUAUUUGUAUAUACUGUAAAUGAUGACAUCGGUGGGCACUAGCCGAGCCCGGGGGAACUGGGAGCAGACACAGACACAGAGCCAGACACAGCACAAGCAGCGGCCACAGGCCACUGCAGAACAGAUUCGACUUGCACAGAUGAUCUCGGACCACAACGACGCUGACUUUGAGGAGAAGGUGAAACAACUGAUUGAUAUUACGGGCAAGAACCAAGACGAGUGUGUCAUUGCGCUGCACGACUGCAACGGGGAUGUCAACAGAGCCAUCAACGUGCUGCUGGAGGGGAAUCCGGACACGCAUUCCUGGGAAAUGGUUGGGAAGAAAAAAGGCGUCUCGGGGCAGAAGGACAGCGGGCAGCCAGAACCCAGUGAGGAAGGCAAAGAGAACCGGGACAGAGAUCGGGAUUACAGCCGGCGACGCGGCGGGGCGCCGAGACCAGGCCGGGGCAGUAGCCGUGGAAGAGAGUGUAUGAGCCUGCCCUUUAAUAGCAACUGUAACUAUCACGUUCGGGGCCAGGAGAACGGACUGGACGGUGGCAAGACUGGAGGGUCCUCUGGCCGAGGCACGGAGCGAGGGAGACGGGGGCGCGGACGAGGCAGAGGUGGCUCUGGAAGGCGGGGGGGAAGAUUUUCUGCCCAGGGCAUGGGAACUUUCAACCCAGCUGAUUAUGCGGAGCCAGCCGGGACAGAGCAGAACUACGGGAAUAGCAACAACACGUGGAACAGCACUGGCAGCUUUGAGCCAGACGAUGGGACAAGACUUGAUUUCAUUGGGGGUGAGGGCUCAAAUUAUCCCCGAAAAUUUGACACUGCUCCUGGUGCGUGGCGGACAGCGACGGAGGAGUGGGGCACAGAGGACUGGAAUGAAGAUCUUUCGGAGACCAAGAUCUUCACUGCCUCCAAUGUGUCUUCAGUGCCUCUGCCGGCAGAGACUGUGACAAUCACAGCUGGACAGAGAAUUGACCUUGCGGUGCUGUUAGGAAAGACGCCCUCCUCUCUGGAGAACGAGUCGUCCACCCUGGAUUCCACCCAGGCCCCUUCUCUGGCCCAGCCACUGGUGUUCAGCAAUUCCAAGCAGCCAGCGCUCCCCCAGCCUGCGUCCGGUAACGCCUUCCCUCAUCACAGCAUGGUGAACAUGCUGGGGAAGGGGUUUGGAGACGUGGGAGAGGCCAAAAGCAGCAGCACCACCGGCUCGCAGUUCCUGGAGCAGUUCAAGACGGCUCAGGCGCUGGCUCAGCUGGCGGCUCAGCACACCCAGCCUGGCGGGAGCAGCAGCCCCUCCUCCUGGGACAUGGCCUCUCCGGCACAGUCCUCGGCUCUGGUGCAGUACGAUCUAAAGACCCCAACGGACUCCUCAGUUCACAGCCCCUUCACCAAGCGCCAGGCUUUCCCGCCAGCCUCAGCCAUGAUGGAAGUGUUCAUGCAGGACAAGCAGCCUGUGGGCACAGCCUCUGCAACAGGACCGCCUCCCCCCUCGUCCCCUCUGCCCGGCAAAAGCAACCCCCUUCCCCAGAUGUCCCCGGGGUCGUCGGACAACCAGUCCUCCAGCCCGCAGCCCGUGCAGCAGAAGCUCAAGCAGCAGAAGAAGAAAACCUCCUUGACGUCCAAGAUUCCUGCCCUCGCAGUGGAAAUGCCUGGCUCAGCAGACAUCUCAGGGCUAAACCUGCAGUUUGGGGCGUUACAAUUUGGUUCGGAGCCUGUUCUCUCGGAGUACGAAUCGACACCCACGACGAGCGCCUCUGUGAGCCAGGCUCAAAGCAGCCUCUACACCAGCACUGCGAGUGAAUCCUCAUCGGCAAUUUCGUCCAAUCAAAGCCAGGAGUCUGGUUACCAGGGCAGCACGAUACAGACAGCAACGUAUACCUCCCAGAACAGCGCUCAGGGACCACUGUACGAACAGAGAUCCACCCAGACCAGGCGAUACCCAAACUCCAUCUCCUCCUCGCCCCAGAAAGACCUGAGCCAAGCCAAGAAUGGUUUCAGCUCUGUCCAGCCCACCCCAUUGCAGCCUGCGCAGGCUGGUGAAGGUGCUCCAGGUCCUGUCGUGAAAUCAGAUUCUCCCUCUGCCCCCAAUAUCGCCCCCCUGAGCGACGCAGUAUCCACCUCGUCCCUGCUGACGACCGCCAGCCAGCACGUCUCGGCGCUGAGCAGCCUGAACCACAGCGAGGAGCUCCCCAGUACGACCACGGCCCAGCUCAGCAGCACGUUACCCGCCCAGCAGAACAGCCUCUCCUCGUCGGCGUCCUCUGGGCGCACGUCGACGUCCACUCUUCUGCACACGAGCGUGGAGAGUGACGCAAGCCUCCAUCCCUCUGCUAGCACUUUCUCCACCUCCUCCAGCACCGUCUCGGCCGCCCCGCCUGUGGUCAGCGUCUCCUCCAGCCUGAGCAGCGUCAGCAGCCUGGGCCUUAGCCUCAGCAGCAACUCCACAGUGACCGCCUCCACUCGCAGCUCUGUGGUGACCACGUCAGGAAAAGCCCCUCCCAACCUCCCUCCUGGAGUCCCCCCAUUGUUGCCUAACCCGUACAUCAUGGCUCCAGGGCUGCUACACGCCUAUCCGCCGCAGGUGUACGGGUAUGACGACUUGCAGAUGCUGCAGACAAGAUUCCCCUUGGAUUACUACAGCAUCCCGUUCCCGACCCCCACCACCCCGCUGACGGGCAGAGACGGCAGCCUGAGCAGCACUCCAUACUCGGGUAGGAGAGCGGCUCCGUGGCGCUCGGGUUUGGGGUGGCCUUGGCCGGGGCGGGGUUGUCGCUGUCUUCAAAUGACUGGGUGGCAUUUCCUGUCCGUUGCUCCCCUGCACUUAACCCGCCUCGCUAGGGAGGGGCUGGGCGUCCCCGGGAGCGGCGGGCCCAUCAACCCUGCGACGGCUGCAGCCUACCCGCCGGCCCCCUUCAUGCACAUCCUGACCCCGCACCAGCAGCCCCACUCGCAGAUCCUCCACCACCACCUGCAGCAGGACGGCCAGCUUCCAUAUUUGCAGAUGAUUCUGUGCUGCCAGCGCCAGCAGGAAGACCAGGGCGGCACGGGACAGCGCAGCCAGGGCAGCUCCAUCCCCCAGAAAUCCCAGGCCAACAAGUCCGCCUACAACAGCUACAACUGGGGCGCCAACUGAGGCCCCAGCGGCCCCCGCACCUGGAAGAGAAACGUCCCGAGACCGACAACGAAGGAACCUGGGGAGGAGAGAGCGCCCCCUACCCCCGGCACGGCGCCCGCAGCCCCGGGGCAGGCCGGCCUCCCGGCUCUGCCAUGU